UACGAUUAGAGCACGUUUUACAAAGUUUGACCAGGUAAAUAAACUGACAUGGUUGCUUUGACAUCUUUUCCAGCUCCUUCCGAGUUAAUCCGGCACAAGGAAGGAGACACCGUCGUCAACAUUGAUGGAACUGGAUAUGGAAAUGGCACUCUCUACAUCACUGAAACUGUUGUAGCUUGGCAAAACGUUGAGGGAAAAGGUUUCUCCUUGAAUUACCCAAAGAUCAGCCUGCAUGCUUUGUCCAGAGAUACUUCAGCCUUUCCUCAGGAGUGUUUGUACUUGAUGGUAGAAGGUAAACUACCAGAUGAAGCUGACCCAUCAGAGAGACAGGAUAGCGAGGAGGAGGAGGAAGAAGAUCAGAGUCAGGUCAUCACAGAAAUACGAUUUGUUCCCUCCGAUAAAACGUCAUUAGAGGUGCUCUUUUCCUCCAUGUCUGACUGCCAAGCACUACACCCUGAUGAACAAGAUACAGAUUCAGAAGCUGAGGAAGAGGAGGAAAUGGCAUAUUACGAAGGAAGUGAAGGAUAUGACCACCUCACACAACAAGGGCAGGCCACAUUACAACACCUGGAGAACUUGCUCAUCUCUGGUCAGGGUGAUGGACAAGUACCUAAUGGCACAAACGUCACAUCAGAGCAAUUUGAAGAUGCAGAUGAGAUGGACCAAUAACUUCUUUCUGGAUUGGUAACCAUGACAACAGCUGCUGAUGAGAUGUACUAAUAAAUUCUAUGUGAAAGGUUAUUGGAUCGGUAAACUUGAUCUCAGGUUCUGACGAGAUGUACAAAUAAAUUCUACGUCGAACGUGAUUGGACAGGUAAACUUGAUCUCGGGUUAUGAUCAGUUAUACUAAUAUUCUUACUCGAAUGCUAUCGGAUGGAUGACCUUGACCUCACCUUACUACUAGAUGGAUUAGUAACACAGAACUAGACUGAUGAGAUGGACAAAUAAUGUUCAUUCUAGUUACUGAUGGUCCCAUAACCUUGACCCUGAUAAUUUUUUGAAUGGUUAUUUGACCUUGACGGUUGUUAUUGACCUUGGCUCUAGAGGAGAUGGUCCAGUAACAAUGACCUCAGCUAUUGUGAAAAUAAUCAAGAGACUUUGUACAUUGAAGUUCUUUAUGUUACAGUGACCUUCACCUUGUCUGCUCUGGAGAAUGUCCAGUAAUGUUAGCACUGGAAGGCUGGUUUUUAAAGCGUUGGAUUUUCAAUGUCAGUUCUUUAUUUUUAAUUAUCAAGCACAAUUUAUAUUAGUUUCUCUUAUUUUGAGAAUUAUUUCAGUCCAACUUUCCACUAUUAGUAUGAAUAAAGGAAGAACUUCAGCUUAUACUCAAUAUUUUCAAAUGAGUUUUCCUCAUUUGAACAUAGGCAAAGGCUAGGCUGUUGGGAGUAUUACUAGAAUGGGACACAUGGGAUUAUCCUGUGUACUUAGUUAAGAAAGAUAUCUCCUAGUAUAUCAAGGUUGUUUUUGAAUGUUAAGGUCUAUAUUAAAAGAUCCUCGAUUAGCAUGAAAUUGAAGUAAAAUUUAAGAAGGGGAUUCGGUGUUGAUGAUACUUUGGCCUUUUAUGGUCAAUUCAUUGGUUACUUUGUGAAACAAAAGACCCCGAACUUUUUCUAUGGUAAUGUAUAUGUUUACUUUCGAAUGUUGUCCAUUGAAAAGUGCAGUCAUCAUCAUAGUAAUGAUCAUGUGAUGUCCAUUCCAUAAAAUGUAUGAAGCCUCAUUUAGUGAGAGAGACAGAGAGAGGAGAGGGAGAAAGAGAGAGCAUGAGCGAUAGAGAGAGACAGAGAGAGAGAAAGGAGAGAGAAAGAGAGAGCACGAUCAAUUGAGAAAAACGGAGAGAGAGAGGAGAGAGAAAGAGAGAGCGCGAGAGACAGGGAGAGAGAAUGAAACAUAAAGGAUAUCAUGUAUCAUAUUGUUAACCAUUUACUGAAAAUAAAGCGAAAAUAUCA